UUUAUUGGCCAAGGAAGCCGGCAUACAGCUUCCGGGUCAUGUGGCCAGCAUGAGUAAGCCGCUUCUGGCGAACCAGAGCAGUGCAUGGAAACGCCGUUUACCUUCCCGCCGGAGCGAUACCUAUUUAUCUACUUGCACUUUGACGUGCUUUCGAACUGCUAGGUUGGCAGGAGCAGGGACUGAGCAAUGGGAGCUCACCCCGUUGCGGGGAUUCGAACCGCCGACCUUCUGAUCGGCAAGUCCUAGGCUCAGUGGUUUAACCCACAGCGCCACCCGCAUCCCCUGUAUUUUAUAUAACUGACUUUUUAUUUCUAUUCUUUGUAUAUCGUAUUGUUGUUUUAUUGCUAUGGCCAAUGGCUGACGUAAACAAAGAUUCAUUCAUUCAUUCAUUCAUUCAUCCAACCAAAGCGUUUGAGAACCAAGGUACCACUGUACAGCAGAACUGAGUUGCACAAGUAUAGCUAUCCCUGCUGCUGCUGCUUCUCAUGCAGUCCAGCAGGGGCAGGCUGUCCCCUCUCGGUUCUCGGCGCUUGUGUGUGUCUCAAGCUCUUUUGCUGAUGGGCAGUAGACAGAGAAGCUGAGCCAGGAGGAUGCACUCCUAGAAUCCUGCCCCCAAGGCUUCUGCCACCUGCCCACAAGCUCCCAAAGGAAGCCCAGCAGAUGUUUCGGGUGCUACUGAGAUGGUCCCUGGAGCCACAGUCAGACCGGACCUGUUUCAGACCAGACUGACCACGAGAGCGCUGUUCACACAGGUAAGAUUCUGGGCCCUUCGCCACCUCGUGACCCCCACCACACCCAGAGAGAGAGGAGAGCAAUGCAGAGAUGCCAGCAUCGUUCUCCCUCUUCCUCAUGGUCCUGAUCCUGCACGGCGGCCUCCCCUGCCCACAGAGCUGUGACUGCCCGCCGGGGAGCGGCGUGGUGUGGUGCAACCGGAAGGACCUGGUGACCAUCCCUUUCGACAUUCCCCACGACACCCGGGUCCUCUACCUGGACUCCAACUGGAUCACCCACGUCCCCAAUGGGGCCUUCUACGGCCUGAAGCAGCUCCGGGAGCUUCACCUGGCGGACAACCUGAUUGAGAGCAUAGCGCCGGGGGCCUUCCGCGGCCUGGGCGGGGGGCUGAGGCUGCUAGACCUUUCCGGCAACCAGCUGGAGAGGAUGGAGUUUGCCCCCUUUGCCAUGCUCACCUGGGUCCGGCUAGAGCUGUACGACAACCCCUGGCACUGCGACUGCUCCCUGCAGAAGCUGGUGGAGGCUCUUCCCCUGGACGCAGAGACCGUGGAGGACGUCGUGUGUGCCUCUGCGGAGUGGGAGGAAUACACCGGGAAAACCUUAGCUCGCUUGCUCAACACCGGCGUCAACUUCUGCCUGGGCCAGCAGAGGAACACGGACCUGGCUAUGCUGCUGACCAUGUUUUGCUGGUUCGCCGUGGUCAUCACCUACGUCAUCUACUACGUCCGACGCAACCAAGCGGAAUCCCGACGCCACUUGGAGUAUCUCAAGUCUCUGCCCCUGCCCAGCAAGCAGGCCAGCCCGGAGGAGCUGGAAGAAGACACCCUCAGCACCAUUCUCUGAGAACCGAGGGUUUUGAGGAGCACCCCCCCAAACAAACAGAAACUGCUUUGAAAAUGGUUAUAAAACUUAACUGUUGUCAGCUUCUUCCUAUCAAGAAACUUGGGAAUUAGGUGUGUGAGUGAGGACCUUGGUGGGUUGGUUCCCCCUUAAAACGGCCUUUGGACCCCAGUUCUCGCUUCCCUAACCCUAUGACCUCCUAGCAAAUGAAAGAGGGCCAACCCCAUAUGCCUUCAGGGGAUGCUGGUUGGAAGCCAAAAAUGAGUUGCUUAAAAUCCCAUUUCCCCCUUCUGCACAAUACAUUUUUUUCUGAAUUACAGGCUGCAUUGCUCCUAUGCAGCAAACCCAACCCCGCCCCUCGCAGAGUCCUCAAGCUUCUCUUUCCCCAUUUGCCAGGGAUUUAGGCAAAGAUAUUACAGCUUAAUGCUAGGGGGAUUAACCAUGAAACAAUCAUAAGUCCCUGUUCUCUUAAUCCCUUAUUUUGACUGGGGCGUUCCUGCCCCAUCUGUUCUGCUGCAGCCACUUCCCUUUCAGUGGCUUUUUCUGCCUCCUUCCAGUCCCCUUUUCUCCACAUUUGUGUGGCAGGGAAACCUGCAGACGGAACAGCUGCAUUUAAUCCUGCCUCUUUGGUGACUGCAGAACGUAUAUACGAAGUCAGAGCUUUGGGUCUAUCUAGUUCAGUGUCGUCUACACUGGCUGGCAGCACCUCUCCAGGGUUUCAACUGGUUAUGAGUGGCUCUCCAGUGCUCCAAGCAGGGUUCUCUCCCAAUGCUACCUGGAGAUGGAUUCAGCCUGAGACCUUCUGCAUGCAAAGCAGUUGCUCUACUGCAGAGAUGCUCUACUGCUUUCUCCUUUCUGGGCUGCAGCUAAGAAACCUGUUUCCAAACACACAUUUUCCCCACUCGUACUUUACAUUUUACAGACACACACUUUAAUCAACUUGGACCAGAGCUUCAAAUGAAAGCAGUGUGUGUAAAUAAGGUCUCCACUUUCCAGGUUGUAAGAAAUCAAUUUUCACAAGCAGUCAUCACUAUAAAGACGCAGAGACUGCGUGGUUAUUCAGUCCCAUUCCAAAAAUGCAAAGUGUUUUCUGCAGAGGAGCAGAGGCUACUCAAUGGGAGCUUCCAUGGAAAAGACCCUCCAAACUCAGGAAGUUAGGAGAUUUAAGAACCCAUAAAACGGCCACUUUUUAUUUCAGUAUCAAAAAGGAAGUUGAACCCCAUAGCUGGGAUGGCUAAAAGAUUCCUGCAUUGCAGGAGGAAUAGAUGGUCCCUUGUGGUCCGUUCCAACUCUACAAUUCUAUGAUUCACAUUUCUUGGGCCUGAAACAGAUUUAAGGCAGGCAAUCUCUUUACAAUCAGGUACUCUUGUAAGCAUUCCAGAUCCUUAUACUUUGAACACAGAUAGCAGGCAGGU